AUGGUGUGGUACCUUGUGCCAGACUCGAAAGUGCGCUGCGCCGACGCCGUCAAGAUCGAGGCCCAUGCCAAGCUCGGGUCUGCGCCGUGGACCUUGGAAAGCGCUGCCCUCCACGAGAAGCGCAAGCGGAACCUGGACGGCCGCAUCGAGGCUCUGAAGAAGACCAAGCCGACGCCGCCGGUCAUCGACCUCUUUGCGCCCGACGAGACCGCACCGCCGCUAGUCACCAGCAUCAAGAACCACCCUCACCACCCUGCCCUCCAGGAGAGCCAAGACGACAACGACGCCUCCGAGGCGCCACGUGCAGCAAACUCCGACACCAUGGCUGCGAUCGUGGGCCGAUCCAAGGCGGUCAUGGCCGCCGCCAACGAUACGCGGGAAGCUGAUGCUCUCUACUUUGCCGGUAACUCGACGCACACGGAGCUCAAGAAGACGAAGAAAGCCAAGUCAUCGUCGUCUUCCUCCAGUCGCCUCGAGCAGCUUCGACGCGAGCGCGCCGUGCGCGAGUCCGUCGGGCAGCGCCGACUCGAGACGCUCCUCCGGCGCUAA